AUGCCUUGGAGUUGUCGUGAUCCAAACAAAUUGAAAAAGAUUUUUAGUCGUUUUGGUACUGUCAUUGAAGCUACUAUUCCAAGAAAACGCGAUGGGAAACUUUGUGGGUUCGCAUUUGUCACUAUGAAAAAAAUUAGCAAUUGUAAAAAUGCUUUGGAAAACACUAAAGAUUUAAAAAUUGAUGGUAGGCCUGUUGCAGUAGAUUUUGCUGUUCAAAAAAAUAGAUGGGAAGAUUACAAGAAAAAACAUAAAAGUGAUGAAGUAUCUGAGGAUUCUGAAGAAGAAGAGGAUAUAUCUGACAGUGAAGAGGAGGAAGAAUCAUCUGACGAUAGUGAUAUCUCUUUAGACUCCGAUGAAGAAGUUAUUGAUGACGAGGCAGAUUUAGAUGAUAUAGAGGAAGAUGAAGAUAAACCAACUAAGCAGCACAGAAAUAGAAGAGAACAAUUUUCUAUCUUUGUUCGUAACGUUCCAUACGAUGCUACAGCAGAAUCAUUAGUAGAUCAUUUUAAUAAAUUUGGGCCAGUUAAGUAUGCUUUACCUGUUAUUGAUAAGGAAACCGGGUUAGCAAAAGGUACUGCCUUUGUUGCGUUUAGGGAUGAAAAGACUUACAACUACUGUAUUGAAAAUGCACCUGCUGCAGGUGCUACCUCCUUAUUAAUUGAUGAUGAUGUUUUACCCGAAUAUGUUUAUGAAGGCCGUGUUCUUUCUGUAACUCCUGCCUUAGACAGAGAGGAAGCUAAUAUCAGAGCUGAAAAAAAUGCAGAAAAACGUAAACAAAUAUUAGGUAAAGCUUCUGGUGAACGUGAUAAGCGUAAUUUGUAUUUAUUAAAUGAAGGUAAAGUUGUUGAAGGUUCUAAAUUAUCUCAGUUACUGACACCAAAGGAUAUGGAAAUUAGAGAGAGAUCAUAUAACUUGAGAGUAGAACAACUAAAAAGAAACCCAUCUUUACAUUUGUCUUUAACCAGAUUGGCUAUAAGAAAUUUACCAAGAGCUAUGACUGAUAAAGCUUUAAAGGCACUUGCUCGUAAAGCGGUUGUUGAAUUCGCUACACAAGUUAAAAAUGGUGAAAGACAUCCUUUAAGUCAAGAAGAAAUUACCAGAUCCACAAGGGAAAAAUAUAAAUUCAUGACCCCAGAACAAAUUGAACAACAAAAAAAGAAAGAUAAGAAAAAGGGUGUUGUUAAGCAAGCAAAAGUUAUUAUGGAAGUAAAAGGCUCUACUGUAGGAAGAAGUAGAGGUUAUGGCUUUGUGGAAUAUAAAGAUCAUAAACAUGCAUUGAUGGGUUUAAGAUGGUUAAAUGUUCAUUUAGUUACUAGAAUGGAAGUGCUUGAUGGAUUAACAGAUGAGGAAAAAAAAUUGAUAGAUUUUGAUGAUACAAAAGGUAGACGUUUAUGUGUAGAAUUUGCUAUUGAUAAUUCUAAUGUUGUUAAAAGAAGAAUAGAGAAUACUACAAAGGCUAGAGCUAAUGCUAAGAGAAAGAAGGAAGAAGAGUUAGCUCAACAACAUCAAAAAAAGCAAAAAACCGAAGAGACAAGUCAGAGUAAAGAUAAAAAUAAUGGCAUGAGUAGUGAUGUAAGGAGACUUAUAGGGUUUAAAAGAAAGAAAAAAAUGCUAAAAAAUAGAUUAGAUAAUGCUGAAGCUAAAUCAAAGCUCAAUUCUUUAAGUAUAUAUCAUUAUUCAUUAAAACAUAUGCAGAUAAAAAUAGUUACAUUAUGUAUUACAUCAGAGAAAUAUCAUAUCUAA